AUGAAGCGCGUCGGGGAUUUGGAGCACACCAUGGUUCCUCCUCACAGCGCGACUGCUGCAGCAAAGCAGCAGGAUAGUACAUUCGGAGUCCAGAGUCUUGCCGAUACUUUGGAGGCUGCUUUCGGCCCAGAAGGUACAGAUCCAGAAAAGGCUAGUAAGACGCAGCAUCAUGGGGCAAAGAGUUCAAGAUCCGAGUCGCAUAGCUCUUCGACAGAUUCAGCCACACCGCCAGACAGAUCCAGGAUAACUUCGGUACGGAAACUGAGGAGAAACUACACGAAAAAUGACUCGAUUACACACUUUAAACUUCCCGCCGCCAGCGUCGACGUUCCUUCCCCACUCCCCACGUCCGCUAUGGGGAGUACACCGAGGUCCGCUUCGAUAACGUCGCUCAAGCUGUCCGAUGAGGAGUUUGCCAUGGAUGAUGCUGCGAGCCAGGCCGUUGUUUCGAGUGGAGAGGAGGAAGAGCAGGUAGAGGUGCAGCCGGACAUGGCGAGCUUUCCACAGCUGGUCAUGCCUGAGAUGCAGAUGCCAACCAGGAGGCCUUUCACAACCAGAGGCAAGGCUAUGGGAAAGCUGAGAGUUAUGGUGGCGGGCGAGACAGGUGUCGGCAAAUCGUCCCUCAUUCGGUCCAUCGUUCAGGCCUGCGAAGACAUCGUACACGUAGAUCCUCUAUCGCCCUCCCAGCCGAGCGCGCCUUCACGCCCAACGAAGUCGAAAUUCCGCACAAAGAAAGCCGAGCAUGCGGUCACAACCCGGGUGACUGAGAUACAUGCGAGCACGAAGCCUUACCCUCAUUGGUGGACUGAUACCGAAGAGAGCGGCAUUCUGCGAAGAAGAAAGAGCAGUAUGGAUACUGUCUUGGAGAGAAACAUAUGUUUCGUAGACACGCCUGGGUACUCACAAGGCUCUGCGGAGAAGGAUAUAAGCAUGGUGAUAGACUAUGUCGAGUCGCUGUUAUACCAGACCUCAUCAGUAACAACGCUAGAAGACAAUGAUGUGCUUGGGGUCGUCAGUGGUAGUGGGGGCGUCCUAGUUGACGUCGUCAUAUACUUGCUCCCACCAAAUCGAGACAUCACGAAAGAUGUUGAGUACAUGCAAAGGCUAUCGCACUUUACCAACGUCGUGCCUGUAAUUGCCAAAUCAGACACACUUUCGGCGCAAGAAGUGGUAGCCCUAAAGACGUCCAUACUCGCACGGCUGCAAACCACUGCUCUUAGACCCUUCUUCUUCGGAAAGGCUAUGGACGAUGCCUUACUCGCCGUACAGGGCCUUCCGGUCGCUAGGACUUCGGGAUCAGGAGCGCCAAGUGAGGCAGCUGAAUACCCCUUCACUACACCAACCUAUCCUUACGCCGUCUCCUCGACGUCUGGUCCCGACCACGAUAACAUGGAUGCGUCCUUGCUCAUGUCGCCCGACUACGUGCAGCCUCUUCUUCCCUCUGAACUCGCUCCACUAGUCAACCAGGUAUUCGAUCCUGACUCCAUUGCGUGGCUUCGGUAUUCAGCAGCGAAGAAGUUCUUGGCAUGGCGGCGCAGGAUUAAGCUACCAGGCGACUCUGUAAUGCUACAGAGUCUAGCUCAACCACGUAGUCCGACAACGGCUUCAGUCGGACUGAACGGAGCCCACCUGAAUUCAUCCUCAGUAUUCUCCGCUGCAUCGCCAUCAGGUGUCCUGGUACCCGGAUCAGGAUCACCAUUCUACCCAUCGAACCUACAAUCCCCUCUCCUCGCCUCCUCUCCCUCCCUAGCCAACUCCGAGUCUCUCGAGCCCCUUGGCAACUUUUCACUGGCAAGAUACAACAACACUGCGCAAGGCGAGCAGCGCCUCAACGAAGUACGGAUAGCAAGAUGGGCAACAGAUCUGCAGCGCAGCCGACGAAACGAAAGAGAACGAUUCGAGGAACUCCAGAGCAACGACAGGGCUAAAUGGCUGCUCGAGCGCGUCGGCGAAGAGGUAUCGAAGGGCACGAUCGUCGCAUCGCCUGGCGAGUUACCGAGAGCUGAAUGGGCGGUAGUCAGACGCAACAGCGACGAGAAGAAGACUGUUAAGGUCAGUCAACGCUAUGCCAAAGCUGUUGGGCUGGACUCGCGAGAUCCGCUUGGCCUGUGCAAUUUCGGCGACGAAUUAAGGCGACAGAGCUUCGUUCUCGUGAAGGUGCUAGGCGGCAUGAGCGUGUUGGGUGCUGUCGUCGUGGCUGUCGUUAGGGCGUGCGGCAUUGAGACUGGGCUGCCUCAGCUCGGCUGGUGGGAGUGGAUUACCAACUCGGAGUGA